GACAGCAAACAAGUCACCGAAUACCAGUAGUCACGCAAACAACCAGACAACUCACAGCGCUACAAAAUGGGGCGUUAAAACAUGGAAUGAGUGGAAAGAGCAAAGCAGAUGACUGAUCUCGCUGGGAUAAAAGGUUAUCAUACUGGGCAUUCAGGAAAGGUUACACAGGCAACCACGCUGUUCCGGCAAAAUUUCGACGAGCAGCUAAUAGCAGAAAGAACGGGUCACUCCAGUCUAGCAAUUAGAAGCUACAAGCGGACGAGCGACGAGCAGACGAAAGCGGUGUCAGACGCACUGCAGCCACCCAAACCGAAAACUGCGAAAGAAGCGAAAACGCAUGACAUAUCCACCACCCCAACAGACGAGGACAAAUCUAAUACCACUGUCAUAACCGAUUCUUCCCAAGUGUCCGUGAAUUUUGUAAAAGGAAAUAUAAAACUUGAAAUACGUUUUUAAAAUGUAUCGUAUAAUCGUCAUUGCGUAUUUAAAUAAUUAAAUGAAAAUUCCACCUU